GCCAAACCCAUCUGGCAACCCUGCCCCUCGCUCGCCUCAAAUACUGACAAAUAGUCAAAUUAUCAAAUAUGGAAGAAGGUCGAGGAGAGAUUGAGUUGGAAACGAGGUUUGAAGUGGAAGAUGUCGAUGAGCAUCACCAGCAAUCAUUUUCAGUGGUAGAUCCAGUGACCACCACUGUCACCAGUUCAUACCAUACUUCCGAUGCUGUCCCUAAUACAGUUUAUUAUCGGGACCAAGUUGAUGAUAAAGGCCUUCCCAGACCUUCUUUAGAUGCACUCCAUGAUAUUGAACAACACACUGUUAAAAGAUCAUCUGUUACUGGAGAUGAAGCUGAUAUGGUUACAAUAGGGGAAGGAGGAGAGAGAAGAAGGAAGUGUUGGCCAUGUCAAAGAAACAAGACUAAUAAUGCAGAGCCUAAAAAGUUAGGCUGGAUUCAAGGAGUGCUUAUACGCUGUUUACUGAAUAUUUGGGGCGUCAUGCUGUUUAUCCGACUUAGCUGGGUUGUAGGUCAAGCUGGUAUAGGGUUCUCUUCUAUAAUCAUUAUACUAUCCACUGUUGUAACUGUUGUUACCACGUUAUCCAUGUCAGCCAUUUGUACCAACGGUGAGGUGAAAGGAGGAGGAGCGUAUUAUUUAAUCUCUCGGAGUUUGGGACCUGAAUUUGGAGGAGCUAUUGGUAUUAUAUUUUCACUGGCUAAUGCAGUAGCUGUGGGACUUUAUGUUGUUGGUUUUGCAGAAACACUGACUGAACUAUUAGUGAGACACAAUGUUCCUAUACCAGGACUCUCGGAAAUAAACCACAUACGUAUAUUUGGCUUUUUUACUGCUAUAUUAUUGUUGGGUAUAGCAUUGAUUGGAUUAGAUUGGGAAUCAAAGAUUCAAUUAGUUUUGUUAGUUGUGUUGAUUGUUGCUCUUAUUGAUGCUGUGAUUGGUUCAUUCAUACCAAGAAGUUGUGAUCAUACUGUAACAUUACAAGGAUUUACUUAUUAUCGAUGGGGUACAUUUGUUGACAACUUUCCUCCUGACUAUCAUGACAACCAGAAUUUCUUCAGCGUCUUUUCUGUAUUCUUCCCAGCAGCUACAGGUAUACUCGCUGGAGCUAAUAUAUCAGGAAACCUUAAGGACCCACAAACUGCUAUACCCAAAGGAACAUUUACAGCUAUAUUCAUCAGCAGUGCUGUGUAUCUGGUAAUAGCAUGGAUGAUUGGAUUCACUGUUGUUAGAUUUGCCCCUGGCACCCCAACAUUAUACUUUGACAAGAUAGCUGAAGCAACAUCAUCCUUUCAAUGUAGCUCAGGACUAGAUGAAUCUAGUUCUAAUUUCACUUACUGCAUGUCAUCAUUUUUUGAUUUGGGAACAGUGAAUGGUUUUAUGCAGAACUGUACUGAUUGUCUGAGUGUGCCAUGUGAUUAUCAGGAUGGGGUUGAUGCUGUCUGUCUUGAUGGCAGUAAUCAGCACUGUCUCUUUGGAACUAUUAGAUACUUUCAAAUAAUGGAGAUGAUAUCAGUUUGGGGGCCUAUUAUGACAGCAGGGAUAUUUGCUGCUACCUUGUCAUCAGCAUUAGCUAGUCUUGUUAGUGCACCGAAAGUGUUUCAGAGAGUUUGUCAAGACAAAAUAUUUCCAUAUAUGGAGUUUUUUGGUAGAGGAGGUUGGCGUGGAACUGGUAAUGAACCAAUUCGUGGAUAUUUUCUAACAUUUAUAAUCGCUAUUGCUUGCAUUGGAAUAGGUGAAUUGAAUGUAAUUGCAUUGAUCAUAUCUAACUUCUUUUUAAUGGCCUACACACUAAUUAAUUUCUCUUGUUUUAUGGCAUCACUGUCGAAGAGUCCAGGCUGGCGUCCAUCUUUUAAGUUUUAUUCAAUGUGGAUAGCACUCUUAGGAUCAGCUUUGUGCUUGUCUAUUAUGUUUGUUAUAAGCUGGUGGGCUGCACUGAUAACACUGAUAGCAGUUGGUUUUCUCUACUUGCUUGUUGACUGGCGGAAACCAGAUAUUAACUGGGGAUCUAGUACACAUGCUAUUCUAUAUACGUAUGCAUUGAGAAAUUUGUUAAAGUUAGAGAAACUAGAGGAUCAUGUCAAGAAUUUUAGGCCACAGUUUUUAGCAUUGACUGGUCCUCCGUCAUCUCGUCCUGAUUUAGUUUUCUUUUUAUCACAAAUAUCAGCAGACACUGGUAUGACCAUUUGUGGACAAGUUCUGCAAGGAGAACAUAGUGUUAACAGGAGGAUUCUGCUUAGCACUCAGCAGAAGAAGUGGCUUCGAACAAAGAAGAUAAGAGCUUUUCAUAACAUUGUAACUUCUAGUUCACUGAGAAAUGGAACACAAAGCCUUCUGCAGUUGUCUGGACUAGGUAAAAUGAGACCAAAUAUAUUAGCAAUAGGCUACAAGAACAACUGGAAAACGAGUCAAUACAGUGAUGUUGAUGAAUAUGUUAAUAUACUGCAUGAUGCUUUUGAUCUACAAUUUGGUGUUGUCAUAUUUCGUUUGAGAGCUGGAUUUGAUGCAACUGAUCAAGUGGAUAGUCCUUCUAGCAGAGCUGCAACCCUCAAGAAAUCAUCUGAUGAGUCUCCUCCAAUAAUGGGAGAAAGGAAGGAAAGUAAAAUACCAUUGUUACCAAUGUCAUCAUCACCAAAGCCCAAAUCGUUUGCUAGUCAUGAACUUGUUGAUAUACCAUUGAAUGAAGCAGCAGAUCCAGCCAAUAGUGAUAAUGUAUCACUUCAUUUAAGUGAUGAAGAUGAAGAUGAGAUAGGCACUGAUCGAAAAUCCUUAGAUAGUUAUGCAAUAGCAAUAGAGAAUGGAGACAAUCCUCUUGAUGAGGAACGACCACCAAGUUCUUCUCAAGUUCCUGAAAUGCCUGACAUUAUUACUCUGCCAUCAAGAUUCGAGAAGAAGCAAGAAGCUGGCUUUAUUGAUGUGUGGUGGAUUUAUGAUGAUGGAGGAUUGGCUCUUUUGCUUCCCUUUUUGUUGUCAAGGAAUGCAUUAUGGAAGAGUUGCAAGCUCCGAAUAUUUGUAGCUGGAUCAUCUAAUAUUGAUGGAGCACGCUUGAGAAUGACUGCUCUCUUGAGAAAGUUUAGAAUUAGCGUUUCUGAUGUUAUAGAAGUAUCAGGCAUCACAAAAAGACCAAGCAAAGACAGUAUUGAUUGCUACUUGGCUUUACCAUCAGAUGAAGCUACUGAUCAUUCCAGCUUGGACAAGAAAACUCUUAAAAUGAUUCGUGUUGGAGAGUUACUGCAUGAGCAUUCAUUGAAUUCUAAGCUUAUAGUAUUUACCAUUCCUGUGCCUCGAAGGGGAAGCUCUUCUCUUAAGUAUAUGAGCUGGUUGGAGGUUAUUAGCAGGAAUUUACCACCAGUGGUACUCGUCAGAGGAAAUCAAACAUCAGUUCUAACUUUUUACUCAUAAAAAUUAUUAUAAUAAAUUUAGCUUUUUCAGUCUUAAUGAUUAAUUUAUUAUAACCGGGUGUUUUAGUUAUUGUUGUUAUCAUUAUUGUGGCUUACACUCAUUGUUUUGAUUUUUUAAUCUAUAUUGAAAUCAAAGUUCAAAAAGACAUGUAG